AUGGAGAUUGCUGCAGCGUUAGUCGGUGCCGUAGCUACCGCCGCUGCUACCACCGCUGCGUCGAAGCUCACCACGCUGAUAGGCAACCGACAAUGUGAGGCGACGGUCAAGGGUGAAGCCCAGUUCAUCAAAGAUGAAGUCCGGUUUAUCAAUUCUCUCAUUGAGUCGGUGCCGAAGGAGUUGGGGCUGUCGCCCUUACAGACUCAAUGCAUUGUACAACUGAGUCGCUUGGCAUGUGAAAUCGAAGACUGUGUAGAUUUGUUCCACACCGGCAAGACCAAUAGUUUGGCUGAUGAUAUUGGUCGACUCAAGACCAAAUCAAAUGAGAUGAGAGAACGGAUAUCCGCAUAUUUGGAGAUAGAAAACAAGAUGGUCCCAACCGGCACUAAUAGACUUGUUGAAGACCGCAGACGCUUGCUAGGGACUUCACAAGGGGCUGCUGUUAUCCCCCAAGAGCUUCGGGAUCUUCUUGAUGACUCGAACCACCGUUUUUGGGUCGAUAAGAAUUUCAACUGCUUGCUAUAUUUGUGCUUGUUCCCUCCUAAUCAAGAUGUCAGUACUAAGCCCCUAAUGAGGAGAUGGGUGGCUGAAGGACUAGUGGAUGGAGCCAAUGUCGCUGCUGAGAAUCUGAGCUUCCUCAUGGACAAAAGUAUCAUCAGAUCCAUCCACACAAGCAACAAUGGAGAGGUGGAGACAUGCCAAUCUACCAGCCAGAUGCACGCGUGCAUCUCUGAGAAGUCCAAGUCCCAGAAUUUCGUCGUGGUGUGUGACGGCGCGGCCAGCAUAACAGAGCUGGCCGAGGCCCGCAGGCUUUCUGUGCAUCCUCCCGCAAACGGCAUUCCCGAACUGAAUUUUCCUGAGGAUUUACCUAGUCUACGGACCCUGGCGGUAUUCCCUGCUGAUGAGGCGAAUCCCGACAGGUUUGAAGCUGCUCUUGAUUUUUCCAGGUAUAAAGUGCUGCGGGUGUUGGAUCUGAAAGAAUGUGCUCCCUUGAGUGAGCAACAUCUCAAGGAUAUCAUAAGCAAUCACCGGCAGCUGCUGAUGAAAUAUCUGAGCAUCAAUUUGGGCAAAAUUAACGAGAUUCCAAGGUCAAUCAUGGAACUGAAUCAGUUAGAGACACUUGACCUGAGUGGAAGUGCUAGCGAAACAGUGACGGUGCACAAAGAAGUCCUGCUGCUGCCCAAACUGAAGCAUCUCCUUGGCAAGUUCCAGCUUAACAUAAUGGAGAGCAACCCAUUGAAGUCUCACUCGGGUCUAAGGGACUUCCUGACAGACAAGAGUACACUGGAGACGCUGGAAGGAUUUGUGACCGGUACGAGAUAUGGAUUUCAAGAUCUGAUGAGUCUGAUGAAGUGUUUGAGGAUGGUGAAGAUAUGGUGCAAAUCCGACGCAAGUCAAUCAAACCUGGAUAUUCUUUCAAGCGCCAUUAGGAAGUUCAUUCGUCGUGGGACCGAUGAGCCUCAUUGCGGUCGGUCCUUAUCGGUCGACUUCGAAGCAUGCUUGAGAGGAUUCAUGAAUGAAAUAGACCCAGUUACGGGCGGCAUACUUGCCUCGCUCCAGCUGCGCGGCAAACUAAGCCAAUUCCCUCCGUUUGUUGCAGGGCUUAGUGUCAUUGAGGAGUUGUGCCUCUGUUCCACUGGUCUGAGCUGGGAGGUUAUUCAAAAUGGGUUGAUCAUGGUGAAGGGGCUGAAAUAUCUCAGGCUUGUUGAAGAUAACCUUGUGCACUUCGACAUGCCGCCUAAAGCUGCUGACCACCUCAGGAGCAUUGAGCGAGUAUCCGUUGUGUCCUCGCGAAGGCUAGACAUAACAAUCCCAAAUGAGGCGCUGCCACUUCUUGUGUCACUUCAAAUCCUCUGUCAAGAUCUGGGUGUUAGUCCUGCAACUGCCAACAUCCAAAUCAACCACAUGAACAAGCUGAAGGAAAUCACGCUCCAUCAUCAGCUCGCGAGUGGAAUAAGAACUCAAUGGGAAGAAGGAGCAAGUGGCCAUCCCAAUAAACCCGUCCUAUUAUUCAUUAAAGGCCCCUGA